UGUGGAUGUUGCCUUUCCAAGGUGCGCCUAAGACCGCGUCCGAGCUCUCUUACCCUUCGAUCCGAGUCGGCGAUGCAACUCAAACGCCUGCUGAGGAAGGGGCCGAUCACGAAGGACCUUGAAGUGCCCUUGGAAUGGUGGAGGAGGGCCCUCAUCACCUUUGCCCUGGGCCUGGCUGGCUUUUUGGUCGGACUGGACCAGACCAUUAUCGAGCCCGCCCUACCCACUAUCGUCGCCCAGUUCCAGUCAGUGCACGAUAUAGGCUCCUAUACUUCGGCCUAUCUGCUGCCCCAGUGCGUGCUGCAGCCGCUGUGCAACAAGCUCUACUCCAUGUUUGCCUUCAGCACCGUUUACAUAUCGUCGACUGUGCUGUUUGGAGCUGGCUGUCUUGUUAGUGCCACAUCCCAGGGCUCGCCCGCCUUCAUCGGCGGGCGCGCUCUCUCUGGCAUCGGCGCUGUCGGCUUGAGCAUCGGCGGCUUUCGCAUGUUGGCCUUGAUGCCCGAGACCAAGGGCCAAAAUAUCUCCAUGGGCGCCUUCUCCCUUAUCCUCGGCUCCAGCAUCGUGGUCGGGCCUAUAAUCGGUGGUGCCAUCACCGAUUCCAUUGGCUGGCACUGGAUCUUCUGGAUCAACUUGCCCUUCCUCGGCUUGACUCUUGUUUGCAUCUUGAUCGCUACCUUCUUCGAAGGCCCUGACCUCCGCGGCGAGAACUACAAACUCCCGCUACGGGAGAAGGUGACUAGCCUCGACUGGCUGGGAACGGCGCUCUUGAUUCUCACCCUUGUUCCCCUGAUUUUGGGCAUUGAGUUCGGACAAACAAACGGCUGGAACAGUGCCAAGUCCAUUGUCAUGUUUGCCGUCGGCGUCGUGUCGCUCGGCCUCCUCGUCUAUCAACAAAAGACUACAAAGCGGGAGGUCAUCUUUGACCCCAAAGUCAUACUUAACAGGAGUGUAUGGACUACAGGAGGCUUGUUCUUCUCGGCCCUGUCCUCUGUGGCUGUCUUGGUCAUGUUCCUACCAUUCUUGUUCCAGCAAGAAAGGGGCCUCUCAGCCCGGAACAGCGGCUUCCUAACUUUUGCUCUUGCAGGAACUCUUGCUAUAGGCACAUUUAUUUUUUCCAUUGUAUCGACUCUAGUCCGCUAUUUCAACCCGUUGGCCCUCAUCGGGACGGCAAUAUUCCUGGUUGCAAAUGCGUUGUUUUUUGCCUUGAGCACCGGUUCGACAUCAACCUCCACUAUCCCUCCCAUUGUUGGCUUUGAGGUCCUUGCCGGCGCUGGCUUGGGCAUGGCCUGGCUAGCGGAGAUUAUCUACCCUCGCGCAGAGCUGGGUAAACACCAGCUUGCCACUUCACUUGGCUACACCCGCAUGAUGCAGCAGAUUGGCGGAGCGGUCUCGGUCCAAGUCGCAGCAGCCAUAUUCACCAGCAAGCUGACGAGCGAGAUUGAGGCUCUACCAUUCCCUCGGGAUGUCCUCAUCGCACUUGUUCAAGGCGCCGCGCCCGGCGCCAGCGCUAGGCUUGACGGUCAACAGCUGCCCGAGGAUGCGAAGGAAGCGGUGGCCUUGGCGUACGGAAAGGCUAUUCGUGUCGGCCUCAUACCUGCUGUCGUAUUUGCGGCAAUAUCACUUCUGUUUGCUAUGGCACUGCCCUGGACAAGACUCAAGGGCGGCAUAACAGACCGAGGUGAAGUCGAUCCAAUCAAUUCGGGCACCGAGGAACUUGGUCCUAGGGAAGGUGACGAGGAGGGCGGGGGUAACGAAAACACCCAUCAGCUAACACCAUUACCAGCCGCUGUUGACAGUGAUGCGCACGAAGAGAAGGGGUCGACUAGCGAUCCUACGUCUGAAGCUAAGGUGUUAAUGAAUGUGGAUAGGUCCGAAUUGACACUAGUGGCGCUAGCUGACGACAAGGCCGAGGCAAAAGAAGUCGUAGAGACGCCACAGAACAAGGCAGGAGAGGGCGAACCAAUGGCUUACGCUUCGUUAAAAAGUUCAAGCGAAACUGACGGGGCAAUUCAGGCGCCCCUAGAAGAGAAGACUGGCGAAGCAGUAAGCACAUUAGACACAAGCGAGAAGACUGGUUAAAUUCAUGAGAUAUUGCCUAUCAUUUAAUUAAUCUGGUACUAGAAUUGUAAUGAAGCCUAGGUGUAUAUGUAUAUAUCUGGAUGACCAAAUCAUAUUAAACUUUUCAUUCGUGUUAUCAAAUUGAGUUGUAAUUAAGAUCGUGCUUAAGAAGAACGUAGACUAUCAAUGAGGCAUGAGGUUCAGAUAGACUACUCGAGGUUUAACACUAGCUCUCGAUCGAGUUGGUAAUUAGGCGUAGAUCCAAUCUAGGACUAGCAAGAUAAGGUUGUUGUCGAUAAGUUAAGUUGGCAGCAGCGGCGCGGUCACCAAAGACACGGGCUACCAAUCCGUAUUUAAGCUUUACACGCAGAGAGAGACACAAGAGUUCGAAACUCGGGAAGAAAUCCGCGGAGAUGAAUCCCAACGCACGGUGGAUAA